GCGUCGCUAGGCUUUACGAGAGGACGCACUACGGGGGCCGAGAAGGAGAGAAAUGUGGACGCGGGCAGUGUGGCUGGGCCUUCGAGCGUCGGCGGGCGGGCGCCGGGGCUUCCCCUCCAAGGCCGAUCCUCAGGGAAGCCGCCGGGUCACGGCCGAGCUGAUCGAGCACCUGGAGCGGCUAGCGCUUGUGGACUUCGGCAGCCAAGAGGCCGUGGCACGGCUGGAGAAAGCCAUCGCCUUCGCCGACCGGCUUCGCGCCGUGGACACGGACGGGGUGGAGCCCAUGGAGUCAGUUCUGGAGGACAGAUGUCUGUACUUGAGAUCCGACAAUGUGGUAGAAGGCAACUGUGCUGAAGAACUACUACAAAACUCCCAUCGCGUUGUGGAGGAGUAUUUUGUGGCUCCCCCAGGUAAUAUCUCUUGGCCAAAGCUGGAUGAAAAAGAGCCCUUCUCACACUGCUGAGUAGCUAUUCUGGGAAGGGGUGCCCUCUAAAAACGUGGAAGUGCAAUGACUAUUUUGUUACGAACACUAAUGUUCCCACUUCCUUCAGUCACCUGAAAAAAGUGAUGGUUAAGUAUCUCUUAGUAACUAACUCUUUUGAAGACAGAACUGGGAAAGAUCUAGCCAAAAUAAGGCAAAUAGUCCCUGAUGCCAACGGAAGUAGAAGGUAUUGCCAGUUUCCAAGGAAAUGGAUCAAGUGUACUCACAGGCUGUUUUGUACGGAAGAUUUUAUCCCCUCCCCAAAAGACUGUCUACCAAACUGCAUUUAAGUGAAUUUUUCUAUUAUGUAACUGUUAGACAUUGCAUCUGAUCACUAUGUGACAACUUGAGUUGUCCUUUUCAGUUGCUGCUUCCAUUGACUUGAGCAGCCUUUUAUCUUUACUGAACACACUUAAAUUUGUUCUUGGGUACCCACUUUGCUCCAAGCAGAGGGCUGACUUCCUGCUAAGGUUAGGAGGCAGCUUUGGGAGGUGAUGGAUAUGUUUAUGGCCUUCAUGGUUGUGAUUUCAUGUGUGUAUACUUAACCCCAAACUCACUGAGUUGUAUACAUUAAAUGUACAGCUUUUUACAGGUCAACUGUAUUUCAAUAAAGUGGUCUAAAAAAAAAAAACUAGUGCUGGGCCUGUG